AUGGCGACAAUCGUGUGCCAAGGUCUGCAGUCAUGCCUGGAGUCUCCUCAUCUUGUGGAGCCAAGAACCCUAAGGCUAAAGUUUUCGGCACCAGUAGCUCAUCACAUCUCUCCAAUUCGCACCCAAGAAUUAGGAAUCAAGGGUUGUUUCUCUGAAGAGAAAUGCAAUAAUUAUGAGGAAAUCAACAGCAAUAAGGCCACCUCCGAAAAAUCUGACUUGGUAGGUGGCUGGAGUUUCCUCCAAGCUAUCUCCAAACCCUCACUAGAAAACCCUACUGCUGAGGUGGACGAAGAAAAUACUUACACCCCUCCUAGGGUUUACAGGACCUCAUCAGUUACCAAGCUAAAUGAGAAGAGCUUGGAGAUGUGCACCGAAGACUUAGGCUGCGAGACCGGCGCCAUUAUCACAGAAAGCUUCAGCAUUUUCUCACCAACGCCUGAAUCAGAAUCGAAUGCUGUGCCAAGGGAGCGACAAAAUAAGCCUAAAUUUUCGGGUGGAAAAAAGGCGAAUAAUAUUCAUGGUUUCCCACCUCCGUUGACAACAAUAAGUGGUGAGGAUUCUCUACAAGUUAGGCCUCACAGGGAAGAUGGUAGGCUGAUCAUGAAGGCUGUCAAGGCCCCUUCAAGUCAUACAUUCUUCCAAGCUGAAAGGAGCAAUGGCCGCCUUCGAUUGUGCUUUUCAAAAACCUUUUCUCCCAGUUUUGACUCAGAAGAAGCAGCAGCCACUCAUGAAUACAAUGAAGGGUGUGAGGAGGUGGAUGGGAAUAGUUUGAAUGUUGGGGGUGAAGAGGGAAUGGACAAGUUUAAAAGGCCAAGCAGGUGCAAAGAGGGUGGUGGUGAGUGUGAGGAGAAAGGAUGGUUAAAGUAUUGGGAGCCCCAUUGGGUGUCUACUUAA